UCAAAAAAAAUAAAAAAAAAGCCGCGGUAGUCUGUAGCUGCUAGGGUGUACAGUUCUAGUAGGCUAGGGUUUGCUCUUCGCCGUCAAUGGCGGAGGAGCUUUACGUUCCGGCGGUGGCGCCGCCACCGGUCCGGCAAAUAAAGUACUUCCAGCUUUUUUCGGUGGUGAUGGCGGUGCAUCCGGCGUCGGUUCCGGCGUGGCAGCUGCGUGGAGCUUUUGCUUUUCUUGGCUUCGCCUGCGGCGGUCCUGAGGCGAUCUCUCGCGCUGACGGCAGCUGUGCGGCCUUCAGCUCGGACGUCGUCUACAUCUCCGGUGGCCAAGUCAAGAAUUUGGUCCUCCGUGGCGAUUCCGGCGAAGUGCUCUCCGUGGUUCGUCCCGUGAGCGGCUUCGGUGCGUCAUGGAUCUGCUACGGCGACGACUCUUGCGACAUAUCCAAGGCUUUGGAGUUCCAUGGCGAGGAGGACGGCGGGCUUGUUUGUAUUCCAGUGGUAUGGAGUCGCCGGUGUUCAAGAAGAUGGAAACUUCUAGCAUGGAGUGUUCGGUAGCAUCGAUCCGCAAGGAGAUGCCAAGGAGGACGUGGUUUUUGCGCCCAGAAGCAGGAGAGAAAACGGGCGCUAAGGACGCGGAGCAGGAGCUGGUAGCUUCAUCGAUCUGGGGAGCAGCCUAACAGCAAUCGAAGGACGUUGCUCGGGAAAUCUGGAUGAGGUCGUGGCGUGGGCCGGACGAAGGCUGGUGUUUUCCGCCUCGAUUGCGGCGAAAUUCCGGUGACGGCAAGCGGCAAAGACGGUGCCGGGCUUCCGGCAGAGGAAGAGGAGGAUGCCAGUUGUGUCUGCUCCGCUGCUGUGAUGUUUUUCUCGCCUGGGCCUUGUUCGGCCCUGAAUUACGGGCUCCCAUUCCAAUGGGCAGUGAACGAUAGGCCCAAGAUAUACUAGGAUUAAAGAAGCACACUAAAUUUAUUUAGUUGCAACUUGCAAGGAAGGAAAGGAAAUGAUUGGGAUAGAAAUGUGAUUACCAUUUCCCAAUAGCAGUACAAAACCAUUUAUUACGACUCUCUUUCUACGC